AUGCUCGACGAGCUGUUACAUCAUCUCGUGACAGAGAUGGCCAUGGAUGGCGAGGAAGGCUGCUCGGUGGCCCGUUUGGAUGGAUUCAUCGAAUCUUACUACACUCGUCGCAGAGCUCGCUAUCCGGCUGAACCCAGUCAGUUCGUAGACGAGUCCUACAAAAACUUCGUCUGGGGGAAGCUUUGUCAACUAGAACCAGUCAGGCUAGGUGUGCUCGAACAGCUCGAACCCGCCCCCAACCCCAGCGAAGCGGUCGAAGAUGACCCUGCAUGGGAACCAGACUCGAAUAUUCCCGGCUCAGUACAAUCUUGCAAUGAAAAUUCUGGGACAAAAACCUUACAGCUACCCAUGAUUGCAUCUAAGGCGGCCAACAAAAUGACUCAACGUCCUAACCGGCUCACAAAAUCAACAAAGAACCGAAACAAAAGUGAGGUGUCUAAUUCAAAGAACGCCGAUGCCAACGCUCCUUGUCUGAGCAUCGGUCAGUUGCGAGCACUGGAGACAGGCAAAGUUCAAAAAAGCUUUCAAGUUCCUCAGUCUCAAGAACUCAAAAAGGCCACAGCUACUUCCAAACAAGCUGCCACCCCGUCCUCCUCCGUUUGGAGAGAACUAAGUCCGUCUCUGGUCACUCUACCGAGGGACGAGCUGAUAGCGAAAUUCGGACUGGGCGACGAUGGCCAGAGCAAGCUGAAGAUAGCCGUUGAUCCAAUGACCUGCUGGAAAGCCGUAGUUGGUACUGAUACUCGGAGUCCCAGAUUAACACCAUACGUAUACCAAGUCCUUUCGAUUGUGGCUCAAGGAAGGGAGGCCGGUGCUACGGUCAUGGAAUUAGGCCGCCAGCUGAAACAUGACCAGAAAUCCUUAUUCCACUUCGUGAAAGUUCUCACUGACCUUCAACUGGUUGUCAAGUUUCGCGCAUAUCAACACAAAGCAUGGACCAAUCGCGUGGUUCACAGGCGCUAUCUUGCGACGUCCGAGUGGUACAAAAACUCAAUCCGAAAAGAUGAAGAUCACCGUACCUCCUCAACCCCCCAAGAUCCAGCCUUUGAUUCCGAUGAAUACGGCUUUCCUCGCCUUGACCCGCCCAAUCCUUCUUCCUUGUUCAAUAACACCCCAGAGAAUCUGACUAUGGACGGUAUCAUCCAUUCUGUGACAAACGACGAUCCACCUAAGGCAGUCAUGUCUCCGAUAAACAGAGAGUUUCUAGCCGUGAAUGAAAACCUAGUAAAAUCCAGAAUGUUUACUGUGCUCAAACGUAGUCCAGACAAAACGAUGGUCCAUGCGGAUAUCAUCAAAGCAAUCGGCAUCGCUACUCCGACGAAAGAUGAACGAAGGAGACUAAACCGGUUAAUUGAUGCCUACAUCAAGCGCGGGCUUGUAGAAAGAGUGGCGAUAGUCAACACAAGUGGGCACACCCCAUGCAUUCGACUAACUCCCAUUGGCGAAGAGUCGAUGUGUGCUACUUCAACCCAACCGAAACCUGUUACAGCGGCCGUUGAUGAUCAAGAAGUCGAGGAGGAAUUAAGCGUGUUACCCAUCACAAGGUCCAUAGGGCAAACUAUAUAUGACUUGCUUGAUAGUUCAGGGCAAGAGGGAAUAAUAUAUAAGACUCUGUGCCAUAAACUCAACGACAUUGAAGGUCGGACAGUAGAGCAAAUCCUAACCAGAAUGGAGCGUGAACAAGGUCCUUCGCAUCUUUCUCACCUCAAAGUUUCCAGCGUGCUAGAAACAUCUGGUCGGGAAAAGCGCGUGAGAUGGUUUAGUUCGGAAGGGUUGAAGGCCAAAUGCCAAGCUUCUGGCAUCAUGCUAGCUGCUGACGACGACGGCGCACGAGACUCGAACACGGGAGGAUUCAUGCACAUAGAAUCUUCAACGCUUAAUCUAGCCUUCUAUGAAAACGCCGCUCAGCUUUUUAGCAAAACGGUCCCAGAACCAAAGGGCACUUGGGGAAAGCUCGUAAAAAAAGCCCCGACAGCAGCACGUCGAGGAAGACCUCCUAAACGGGCGAAUGGAGUUCAGGAGAAAUCUUCGCAGGAACAAGCUGAACAAAAUGAUUCUCUGCCCGAGGUACAAAUGACCAAUCCAGUUGGUGAAAGUAUUCCCGCUAAGCGUCUUAUUUCCGAGAGUUCCGUUACGGCGAAGCCGAGGAAGCGUUCAAAGCUUGGGCCUAAUUCAAAUCCAUCUCGUACGGUGGCCGAGCCGUCACCGUCUGAAAAGCCUGCGGAAAACCCCGAGCCGGCAGCCCAAUCGCUUCCUCAACCUGAUGCCCCAGCUUCAUCCCAACAUUCCAACGAACCUCUUCCUUCAAACACCUCACCUUCUCGCAAAGAGCAUGAUAAGCCGGAUACCCCUAGCGCGCCUCCCGCUCCAACCGCAGGUAGUUUACUCAAAGCGCGGGGUGCUCGUCAAAACCUCACCUCAUUGCACCGUGAAUAUCACUUACUUGAAGCUAUCAAAUUCGCCGGUGGAAUCGUUGAAAAGACCAACGAGUUGGCAAAAGCCGCCCGGGACCUCGUUGAUCGAGCGGAUCAAGAUCAUGUAGUCAGUCUGAUGGAUAGUCGAACGUUGAAUUGCACUCUCCAUGGCCUCGAAUCAAGGAAGGAAAUCAAAAUAACAACAGUGCUGGUGACCGAUGCGCUGGGCGCGUCUUGCCACCGGAAAAUCAUAUACCUACCUGGCAUCCCAUUGGAUGGUCCGGAAAUGAGGAAGUGGUUAGAUGAUAUGAAAGUGCGAUUCAAAACUCUCGACAAAGCAACUGAAGCACGCGUCAAUCAACAUCAAGAUUUCGCCUCUCCUGUGCAUCGCUUACCUCCAAGAUCAACCACCAGGCCUUCACCCUUACCCAACGCAUUAGGCGUCAAUGACGAGGCUCUUCGCACCGCCUUUUUGAAUCAAUGGCGAUGCUUGUCCCAGCUCUACGGCUUUGUUUUGGGGAAGGCUGCUCGGGCGAAAAUUCUUCACUUAUAUAUUUUAAAGUCGUUCAAUGACCCCAGUCGAACCUCAUCUUCAACAUUAAAUAUCAAAUCUGGCCAUCGAGUUUUCUCUUCUAGCUUCCUUUUCCAAGACCUACCGGUUGGCGUGUUUGCCAAAUUAGUCCCAAUCAUGACAAAAAGCGAGGAAUUCGAAACAUUUCGGGCUACUCCCGGGGCUUUGGAAACGUCAAUGAGCAACACUCCACUAGCAAUCAGGCGUCUAUUCCAAAUUGGGAACCAGUUUUCACGGGUCAAAGUCUACCAAAUAGUUGAAGUCUUAUGCCAUUUGAAACUAGUAGUGCCGUUGCAGAAGAGCACCGAUGUCUCCGAAUAUUAUCGGAUCGCAGAGAAUGGAGAGGCAUUUUACUAUUCUCCUUGCCAAAUGUGCACAAGCGUAGGGUUGUUCUGUCUGGUGAACGAAGGUCAUGUGUAUGAAUUCAGUCAGCGCUCUCAAAACCCACCGUCUGUAUUGGCCAAGUGGCCCUUGAAAGACGAGCACGAUGGCGAACACUACUGGGAAGAGCUGAAACGGGCUUCAAUACCUAACCCUGAGGCCCCCCCGACCAAAAAUACCGUCGAUUCAGUCGGAGAUUCUCCACUGUUCGGUGGACCUCCGAAAGUUUUGCAAAUGAUAACGGACCAAUCCAAGUGGCGGGAAGGUAUUCAAUUGACGCCUACGCAGCGAGAAUACAUUGUCAGAUUCGACAGGCAGACCAAUUUGACUCAUGAUCUCGAAACGGACGAUGAAAUGAUUUCUAAGAUUGCAGAGAUAUUGGUUACCGUCCCCGAGGCUAUUCGGCAAGCAGUCCGAACCUUCCGAGAGGCAGCGGCGUUAUCUCGUGCCAAGAAAGCUCAGAAAGCCCUUAACCAGCCUCCCAAGAAAAGGAUGAAAAAGCGGGCACCCGAGGUCGAUGCGGAGAAAUUGAAAUCCGCACAGGAGAAGGCUGCCAAGGUUUUGUCAGACAAAGCCAAAAAUGCGCUAAAACAGAAAGAGGGGGAUUGGAAUUCGAUCAUCAAGCGCUUUAAAACUCAAUCCGGUAUCAAAGAAAUUGACGAAGUCGUGCUCAAAGAUCUGCAUACAUUAUUCACGACGAAUAAUGGAGGUAUCAAUGCCAAUCAACUUGAGUCCGAAUUAGCGGCAUGGCUCGAGCGGAAGAAGGCUGUUCAGGAUGCCAAUUCUAUGGAAGUCGAUAAAGGUAGUGAAAUGGUGGUCGAAAUAGAAAACCGCAUCGGUUCAUCAAAACGCGACCUGUUACCUGUGUUGCCUUCAGCAAAGGCCAAGCGUAUCAAACUGUUGAAAAGAACUCCUAAGCCUCGAAGGUUGAAACCCAAGGAAUUGCCUCGACGGCGCGUGUUUCCGGACAAACCCAAAAAGAUCAGUGCAGUUGCUGCUAAUGCUAUUCGACCGCAGUCAAACGUCGAGAUGGGACUACGCCCUGCACCGUGUCUGAUCAAGCCCGGUCAGCGGACCCGUAUAGACUGGAAUGAGACUCUCGACGAUUUUUUGCAGGAUAUGGUUGCAAUCAUGAGAGCAAGGGCGUUUGCAACUUGCGCUCAUGUUUUACCUUGGCCGAUCACACUUAAACUGUUCAAAGGGGCCCGAACCCACCUCUUAAGAAACCGACAGUUGAAACUGGAGCGCGACCCAAAAGAGAAGAAAUAUCUUGACCUUCUUACUGAAGCGUGGACUGAAGUAUAUUUUGACAAACGCGGAAAGAUACCCGAAUUACCAGAUCCAACGCCCGAAGUCCCUGCCGCAUUUGAUGGAGAACUUGCAUUGGACUAUCUCAGGUCCAACAUCGACAAAGCUUAUCUACGAUCCCAGGUCAGUAUCACAGAGAAAGAAGAAGAGGAAUACGCCGGACAUCCGUUGCCUCGUACCUAUGACGAACUUCGGUCAAAUUAUAAAGUUCGAAGGUUGCUUCCCUCCCGACGUUCGGAACGAUGGGAUGAAUUUCACUCGUUCUCAAAUUCGGUGAUCCGUGAGAUGAGCGUAAUCGUCGAGCCAUUCACGGCAUCAUGUCGAACCAGAAUAGGAUCUAAGCCGACGCCAUCGGUAUCACAUCAAGUGCUUCGAGCUUGUGAGGCCAUCAAACUCCUCACCUCGACGCCGAUCAAAACAUACUCCGAGCCGAUUGCUGCGGCAGUGCUUUCACACUACCCCGAUGACCUGCUGGUCCGGGCCACAGAUCACCUUUGCCUGAAAGGCAUUAUAGCUAUCGGGGGCAAGCUGCAUUAUAAGAAGCGACUCCCUGGCCGUAGCUAUUGUUAUACCGACAAAUAUUUAUCCAAUCCGGAUACGAGAGCUUUGCAGGGACCCCGGAUCAGCGCUCUGGAACGCCUGUGCAGUCACUCGACAUCAGACCCGAACGAAGAGAAGACAUGGUCAUUGCUUGCCACUGAUACUGAGACUGCUGCACUACUGCAUGCUUAUUCACGAGGAAAUGUUACGCUCCGAAUGGACGCGAAUCCAAAUCGCUCGAAAAUAUGGGACACUUCUAAUUACUAUCGUACCCGAAAACUUGAUGAUAGUUGCAUCGAGGGUGUGGUUAAAUUUAGAUACAAGGAAUCUUCCCCUGAAGAAAUCAUACCCUACGAAAGUACAUUGCCGCCGCAAGAACAGUUAGAUCUAGUUAACCAAGCUGUUCAUCAAGCCGGCGCUGGAGGGCUUACGCCACAGGCCUUAAUCGACCAAUUAUCUUCUCAGAUUCCUCAGGAUGCCUUGGCCCAGUGUGUCCAAACUCUGACAAAAACUGAACCAGCGAAAUUACGAUGGGCUUGUGAUGAGGAAGCCGCAAUAUUGUUCUCUCCGGAAUACAUAGGAAAUUGGGCGGACAAAGCCUAUGUGAAAGCGCCGCCAAGCGAUGAUGCGAACAAGGGCGAGGACGAAGAUCAAACGACUCGAGUGAUUCCCAAGGAUCCGUGCUAUGUAGUUCCUCGGUUAUGGCUUGAUUUGUCUGGAAAUCUCGUCGAGAGUUUACACCAGCUGUCGAUGGACCGAGUGGAGAACCUGAUCCAGACGCUCCCGGGAUUACCCUACAACGAAUUAAGAAAACGGACGAAAUUGAACCUGAACCCCUUGGAGCUAGACGACAUUUUGGAGGACCUGAUCAGGCUGGGGAAAGUGGUGGAAAUUGAGUACGGAACAGAGCAGAAAGUCGGGGGUAGAAGUCAUCAAGUCUCCAGUCGUUGGGUUCGUGGCCUGGAAUGGCAGAGACACUUUUGGACCCCUAUUUGA